CUUGUGUAUAGUUCAGAAGGAUAUGUAACAUCACAUAUAUGCAUGCUCUUGGAUACUCUCAUCAGUGAGGUUCUGAAUGCUCACCACGAGGAUUAAGGCAGCACAAAUGCGACAAGACGUCGUAGUGUAUUAGAGUGCACAACAAACGACAGUACUUCAAUCACUCCUUCCUAUGUAUAUCAGUAGUUCAUCAGGAAAGAAUAUGUCUUGUACGAGUAUCAUUCAGUAGCUCAUAUGAUACAGCAUUACGCACUACCCUUGUCAAAGCCAGUAUGAACAGAGCAAUUAAAGAGAAUUCCAUUGACGGAGAGUCGGUCAUUCCUGAGGUCAUAGAGGACACCCUGGACGAUGCCUUCUCAUUGACUGUGCAGUUUAGUCCCUCGGGCGUACUCAUAGCUACAGGUUGCAAUGAUGGCAAGAUACUUGUGUAUGAUCGGACUUCUAGAUUGUAUGGGCGGGCACUUAUGGGCCAUUCGGGACCGGUUAUGUGUGUAUCCUGGCUGUCGGAUCUGUGCCUAGUGAGUGGGGGCGCUGAUGGCACCGUGUGUGUGUGGCAGAACGACGGAGAGUCGGAGGAGACGAGACGGCAGCCAACCAUCCGACUAUGCUAUGGCGCACCUGUGCUGUCUAUAUCUGCUGCGACCACAGGCUUACAAAUAAUAGUUAACUGCCUCGGUAUGAUGCCGAUAAUCAACGAAAUUGGUACUGCGAGCCCGCGCGUUUGGCAAUUGCCCAUCACACCCACUGACCGGGUUGUAGAAGCAUUUGUGAGCCCUACCUGCACAGAUACAGAUACAGAUGCUCGCACAACCACUGGCAACACGGGAAAAAUGUAUUGUGAAGCUGUAGGUACCGUUCUAGCGACAGAUCAUAUCGCUAGUACGGAGACAACAGGGAAAACAGGCACAAAGACAGACACACAGGCGGAGGCAGACAUGGGAAGAAGCACACGCACAGAGAUGCCCACUCAUAUAGAGGCUGCCAUAAACACAGACGUGAUUGCAAAUACAACCACGCAUGCAGACGGAGAGAAAAGGACAUGUACAGGCAUGCACACGAGUGCAGCUACGUCCACAGACACAGACAACACUGCGAAUACAGGCACAUACACCACCACAGACACAAAUAGAAACGCUCGUACGGGGAGCAGCACAAAUCCAGGCACACAGACAAGUGCAAACUUGAACACAAACAACACACAUCCAUUUGGGGCCGCAUCUGUGGGAAUGCGUGGUAGGGUGCCGGAUAGUUCUGGCGGGUUUCUAUCCCAGGAAAUGUAUCAGCGGCGCCAUAUUAACUUGGAGCAGUAUAUGACUGUGCAUGAACAACCACAAACGAAAAAUGCCAGACACGGCCACGGGGCUGCGUGUAAAAGCACUUGUGUGCACACACGCACACUGACACCCACAACAGAAGACACACAGACGUACAACAAUACAGCCAUAUACAGCACAGCCUCUGGCCAUGUGGUAUAUGUAGCGACAUUUGAGGGAAGGAUUAUGCAGGUGAAUCUGCGUACAGAGCGUGUGAUGCUUUCCGUGAGCUUGAACAAGGCGGCUGUGGCUAUCAGGACGAUUCAGUGUAGCAAAGACGGCACCUUGCUACUGGUGACCUGUAGUUUACGCAGCCUCUUCCUACUCAACACCUCCACAAUGACUGUCAUCGAUGAGCUCAAGGAAGCCAUCGAUGCGCAAAUAUGGCACUGUGCUAUCUUAAGCCCGUGCAAUCAGUAUAUAGUGGCCGCCAAGACGCCGGGGAACAUGCCUAUGCACAAGUAA